AUGGCAAUGACUCUGAAGUCACUCCAUCCAUUGAGAUAUAUCGAAGACGCCGAGGACGGCGAUAUUCCUUUCGUAGCGACCCCAUCUGCAGAGUCAACCAUGGCGGAGAUUGAAGAGUAUCGCUUCGAGGACUGUCUGAAACUUCAUCACAUUGUUGAGAGUGAUAUUCUACUCACAGUCGAUGGCUUGCCUUCGGUGACAACGGCCUACUACAAAGAGCAGCUCACAGUCGUUCAGACAGUGAGGGAGUUCGAGGACCUCUCGAACAACAUGUCCGUGCCAGUCCUCACCCGAACACUUCAAGGGCAGGCAGUGUACGAAUCCAUCUUCGCACUGGCAAACCCGCAGAAUGGAAUCCUUGCGACGCUUUAUACAAUCAAGCAGGCCUGCUCGCACGUUCCUGGUAAACAGUCUGGCCAUCAUAACCCAGCACCUCGACAUCCUCCGGACGAAGCUUCUCGGACCAGUCGAUCGUCAGGCCAUCGAUUUCAAUCAGUUAACUCAGUUGAUCGGAAGGGCUCCGCGGGGAACCUUCCGAGGAGGAAACCCGACAUUUAUCCAUGGUAUAGAAGGAGAGUGCGUAAACAACACUCUUACUGUACUGUACAAAGGCGUAGCACACUUCAUCUGACUUACGUACUUACCAUUUACCAUCAAUAA